AUGAACUGUUUGAGUGUUGAGAGGCAAGAAGAUUAUGAGCAGACUUCAGAACUCCUUGCUUCCAAUUCACCUAAACUACUCUCAAAGAAUGGCUUGGCCAUUUUAAAUUUGGAGAUCUCUAAUGUGCGAACGAGUAUUGGAGGUAAGUUGAUAAUAGAAUUAACGUCUGCUCAGGCUGCGAAGGGAAAGCAGAAAAACGACGGCAAAGAUGGAUCGAUCAUUGAAACAGGAGAUUUUAAAACUGGUGAUAUUGCUAGGUUGGAUAGGUAUUCCUCCAAUGGUAGUAAGCAGAAGAAGGUGAAGAAGUUGGCCAAUUCAUCUAAAACCGAGGAUCAAGAAGAAGCUAAAGAGGAGGCCAUCGAUGUGGAUGGUGUUGUGAUUUCGAUCUCAGAGAAAAGAGUCAACUUGGCUAUUAAUAUUGAUCACACAACGCUUCAAGGGACUCGUUUAGAAGAGAAGGUUUAUCAGCUGUACGGCAGCGCUAUUCGGGUAUGGAUAGUCAAGCUCAGCAAUGAGAUCACUUAUAAUCGUAUGGAAUCAACUAUGAGAAAGUUGGAUGAACUAACUGAUUCUUCAACGUCUGGAAUAAUGAGACUGUUACUAGGUCAGUCUCAGUUUGUUGCUUCUAGCCAUUAUAAGGUGGAUCAGUUCUUCAACACUAAGCUAAAUGAAGCGCAAAAGCAGGCCAUCCAGUUCAGCAUCAGUAAUAAUUUAAGCAUUAUUCAUGGUCCUCCUGGAACUGGUAAGACAAGUACCAUAGUCGAGUUGGUGAAGCAAUUGUUGGUGGCAAGGAGAAAUAACAAGCGUAUAUUGAUCUGUGGUCCCUCUAAUAUUUCAGUGGAUACCAUUUUGGAGCGAUUAUCUAGCUUCUUUGUAGAUCAGAGUAACAAGCUUGUCAGAAUAGGACAUCCUGCCCGGAUCUUACCCCAAAUAUUAAAGCACUCGUUGGAUCUAAUAGUGGAAGAAGAUUCCAGAGAUGUCAUUAAGGGAAUUAUGAAGGAUAUAGAUAAACUGACCCGAAAAAUCAAGAAAGCAAAGCAAUACAAAGAGCGCAGAGAGCUAUAUCAGGAAAUGAAGGAUCUCAAGAAGGAUUUGAGGGCAAGAACUCAUAAAGGCUUUAGUGAUGCACUUCUGAGAUCUGACGUGGUUGUGGCUACAUUACAUGGAUCUUCUUCUAGAGAGUUGGUCAGUUGUAUUAGAGAAAACUGUCCUGAUGGACUUUUUGAUACGCUUAUCAUUGACGAGGUAUCACAGUCGUUGGAACCUUCUUGUUGGAUACCAUUAAUCUAUCAUAGAUCGAUCAAUAAGUUGAUCAUAGCUGGUGAUAACAAACAGCUAUCGCCUACCAUUAAGACGAAAAAAAACAAGAGGGUUGUCGAUACUCUUAGUACUACAUUGUUCGAUAGAUUAUUGAAGGUGCAAAGAAAUCACCACGAGUUCACCUGCUUCUUAAAUGUUCAGUAUCGAAUGAACCAGAAGAUCAUGGGCUAUCCGAGUGACGCUCUGUACAGUGGUAAAUUGGUGGCCGAUCGAAGUGUAAAAUACGGCAAGGUAAUCGAUUUAAUAGAAAAUGGUGAUAAAGAUUGCAAAGACAACGACGAUUUAGUCGAACCUAUUAUUUGGUAUGAUACAGAAGGGGGAGAUUUCCCAGAAAUGGAUUAUGAUUCUGUCAAUGCAUCGGCAUCCUCGAAGUACAAUGAUGGAGAAUGUCUUGUGGUACUAAAGCAUGCUAAAGAACUACUUUCCAAAGGCAUUGCACAAGAAGAGAUCGGUAUUAUCACGCCGUACAGUGCUCAGGUGACAAAAUUAAGACAACUAUUUCGUUCGGGAACGUUGCAGGAAGAUCAGAAUAGCGAUCGUUAUCUUGACGAACCUCUAAACGGUAUAGAAAUAAGUACUGUGGAUGGUUUUCAAGGUCGUGAGAAGGAGAUAAUCAUCCUAUCGUUAGUGAGAUCCAACGAUAAGCGGAGAGUAGGAUUUUUGAGCGACGAAAAGAGACUUAAUGUUUCCAUCACUAGAUGCAAAAAGCAGCUAUGUGUGGUGGGAGACUUUGAAACCAUCGGUAAUAGUGGGGUAAAGUUUCUUAAGAACUGGUGCAAGUGGUGUGAAGAUAACGAUGUUGAUAUACGAUACGUUGAUUUGGGAGAAUUGUAA